GCAAUCCACUAUGAUGAAGUUCUGUGUUAUAUUGUUUGUUUUAAUAAACUCUUUGCUAGCUUCUUCAGUGGAAAAUUCAGCAUCUUCAUCGAUUGAAGAUGUAGCUUCUUCAUCAAUAGAAAAUUUGACAUUCGAAAAUCUGGAAGAUGUUGAGUUUGCAGUAUCUAAGGAACUUGAGGAGAAAUUGUUGGCAGCAGUCCAAGGCGGGGGGAGUGUUACAUCAGUCAUCGAUGAAUACGCUGAUGAAAUCUUAAAGAACGUAGCUGAGCUCAUCAUUUCCAAUGGUUUUGAUCCAGUGGAACUCCCAAAUGCCACUUUGAACCUAAUUCCGACUGGUCAUAUAUUUAUGACCGAAGGUUGGUUACAGGAUUUGUCGACGAUCUCGAGAUUCGAAAACGUAACAUCAACUUAUAAGUCGUCCGAAAGAUUGCUUAUAGUAGCUCUUCCUCUCAAAUUCGAUGCAUUAUUGUUCACUUACAAAUACCAUACAGAAGUAUUGCUCCUCAAUCUCAGGGGAGAUGUCAAUGGCAAAUUGGAAAAAGUGAAAAUGCGUAUUACUCUGCAAUUUGAUUUCAACACUUACAAAGCUGAAUUGAGUCAAUUUGAUAUGAGCGAUACUGGGAAACUUUCAGUGGAAUUCUCUGGACUCGGGCUGAUAGACUGGGUGACCAACUCCAUGACUUCAGUGGUAUCUCUGUUCUUGCAUCCAAUCAUCAUUGCAAUCAUCAACUCGAUCGUGAAAGCCCCUUUGAAGGCGAUCGUCGAAGCAGUUAAUGAAAUCAUUGUUUGCAUUUUGACACCAGCUGAAUGUAACAAUAGUUAUUUUUAAAUAUCUAUAUUUAGAUGAAUAAAGUUAUCGAAAAGUAUAGUUUCU